AUGGCUACCGGGGGCAAGUCGAAGGUGGCGGACGCGGCGCGGUGCAGGAGGCACCCGAGCCACCGGCAUGCGGCGGGCGUGUGCCCCUUCUGCCUCAGCGACCGGCUCUCCCGCCUCUCCGCCGCGGCUGCCAAGGCCGCCGCCGACGCGUCCUCCUCGUCGUCGGCGUCCUCGCCACGCUCGUCUGGGGACGUGAGCGUCGCGUCCGCGCCGCCGGCGUGCCGCGGGGCGAGGCGGGCGAGGCUGGGGAUGCUGAUGCGGCAGGAGGAGGCGGCCGCGGGUGACCGUCACGGCGGCCAGGAGAACGCCGAGGAGAAGAAGCCGGCCAAGAGGAGCAACUUCUGGGCGAGGCUGCAGCAGGGGAGGAGCUGGUACAGGAGGGACGGGUGCUCGCUGGCGCACUCCAAGGCGGCCGGCGACAAGACCGCCAAGCGGGCGCCGAUGUUCUGA